AUGGAUGAAACUGCCCCGGUGUUGUCAGAAGAAGAAUUCAUAACCGACAUACUUCCAACCGUCUCCCCAUCGAUGAUUGCACCAGGCAAGACGCCGGAUCGGCUUGGUGGCAAAAAACCUAAAUGUUUUUUUGCCCUGUUCAAAAGCUUUAUCGGCGCUUCGCUGAUGGGUUUGGAAGCUAUUCCCGAAAAAGUUCAUUUGCUACUGACUUCCAACCUUUCCUUUGCUCGGGUUAGCGGGUUUAUCCCCAAAGCAGACAAUGAUCAGUAUUGGUUCAAAUACGUUCCCAGCAUUCGCAAGCUUGAGCAAUUUGAUCAGAUCAUGACCGAUUAUGGUCUGUGGGAUCGCUUAAAAAUCAAAGAAGUCAUUGAAAAUUUAGAACAAGGGCUCAUUAAAGAAGAAAAGGAGCUUGUCGGCGAUACCACGCAUUUUCAUGCUUACUCGGGUUUUGAGACGGUCACUUACAUCGAUGAAAAAGGUAAAGAACAGCGAAAGUCGCAAUCGAAAACCACAAAAAAUUGCCGUUGUGAAGACAAGGACAAUUGCGAGCACCCAUGGGAACUUGCUGAUGAUGGUGCCGGCACGAUUGUGAAAGCCUUCAACAAAUACAUUUGGGGUCAUAAAGCAUCGAUUCUUGGCCUUCCGAUGCAAGGCAUUCCUCUUGACGCAAUUGCCGUAGCUGAUGCCGCCACCCAUGAUGGAGAAACAUUUUUCCCGCAUGUUGUUCGUCUGUUUGCACAAUAUCCUGAAAUAAAAUCAUGGAUUGAUACAGUGCUCUAUGACAGCGCCUGUGAUAGUCAACCACUCAAGGAUAAGUUCCGAGACCAAUUAGGUAUCGCGCUGAAGGCAUCGCUCAACCCUCGCAGAAAAAAACCGUGA